AUGGACGGAAAUAAAGACGAAGCGCAGCGCUGUAUCGAUUUAGCGGUGCAGGCUAUAGCCGAAGGCAAACCCGAAAAGGCUGAAAAGUUUUUGCUUAAAGCAGAGCGUCUCUAUCCCACGGAGAAUGCUAAAAAGCUGUUGGCGAAAGUAAAGUCAGCACCAAGUAAUGGCAGCAAUGGCAAUGCACGAUCUACAACAACAUCGGAUGAAAAGGAUACUGGACCGCGUAAGCGUGUCAACUCGGACUCCAGAAGCCAGCCAGAGUAUACUACGGAUCAGCUCGAGGCAGUGCGCAAGAUUAAAAAAUGCAAAAACUAUUACGAAGUCUUGGGCGUCACUGAGUCCGCCACGGAUUCGGAGAUUAAAAAGGCUUAUAAAAAGCUAGCGCUGCAACUGCAUCCGGAUAAGAACAAGGCACCUGGCUCCGUAGAAGCAUUUAAAGCUUUGGGCAAUGCUGCUGGUGUCUUGACUGAUGCGGAAAAACGCAAGAACUACGAUCUUUAUGGCAUUAAUGAGACGCAAUCACACAGCGGCGGCGGUGGUGGCGGUCAUGCUGGGCAUUAUAAUGAGUAUGGGUACUCGCGUGGUUUUCAAGCCGAUAUUAGUGCCGAGGAACUCUUCCAUAUGUUCUUUAAUAGAGGAUUUCCACAGCAGAAUGUUUACAUGCGACAACAGCGACGACGACACCAAGCGCGUGAUGAAAGAGAUACCAACAACUCGUCAGCUUUGAUCAAUUUACUGCCCAUAUUGUUGCUCAUUGGCCUUUCCAUGAUGUCGUCCUUCUUUAUAUCGGAUCCUAUGUAUAGCCUAACACCUUCGCAUAAAUACUCGGUGAAGCGUGAGACAAAUAGCCUAAAGAUACCCUACUAUGUCAAGGACAAUUUCUAUUCGGAAUAUCAAGGUUCAGUGGCACGCCUAGAAGAAUCUGUAGAGGAGGACUUUGUCAACCAUUUAAAACACUCUUGCAGUCGAGAAAGAAAUUAUCGUGACUCGAUGCUCGCCAAGGCAAGAACUUUUGGAGAUCGGGAUCUGUAUCGCAAGGCACAGAACAUAAAUACACCGUCUUGCGAGAAUCUGCAAAAGUAUUUAAAUACAUGAUUUCAACUUACACACACGCCUAGCAAUGAAAUUUUGACGUGAUCUAACUAAUUUCAUCUACUACGAUUCUAGUUUAUUCUGCUUAGUUGUUAUAAUCAGUUUCUUGUUUUUAUAUAUUUGUUUGUUUGUAGUUUAUAGAAUAUCAUCACAUCAGAUCCAAGCAUUGUGAAACUAUUUGAUUCCAAAUUACAAAGUGUAGUUGGCAAACCAUACUGUCCAAUUGGCUGUUGCAAUCAGAUAGUAAUUUCACCAAUAUUAAAUGUGCUUGAAUUCGAAAAACAGUCAAAUUUUAAGUGGGAUGUAUAUGUAUGUAUAUGCUUAAUUCAUAGAGCAAUGAAUAAACAUGAAGUAAAUCACA